AUGGGGCUAACAUCAGCCUGGGAUCUGCUCAGAUUGGUUGAGAGAGUCGGUCGAAGAGAGAGCGUUGUUCUUGUUCAAGAAAAUUCCAAAAUUGCUAACCAGAUUGCUGUGGUUUCCAUGCGUUACAUGGAUAUCGAAAGCGAGAACAGUGUUAUAAGGGCCCAGCUAAUUGGGGAGCUAAGCGAGCGGCUGCAGUCACUGAACUCUAUCAUCGAGACAGUGGAAGGAGUCGUGGGAAAGGUUCCUGAGAUUCCUGAAUAUUUGAUGAACCCUUGGCAAAUAAUGUCUACCUCUUCACAGCCAAUCACAGCCUCUGCUGAUAUGUUUUAUUAUCCCUAA